GUAUUUAUAGGAUAAAAGAGAUUGAAUAACUUAAACUGUGUUUUUCAACAAUUCCAGGUACAUUACAACACUUUGCUGAUACUGAAUAUGGCAACAACACAAAAGUCAGAAAAAAGUUUUGUUCCUGCAGCUUGUAAGAGGUUAUGGGAAAGCCUACCCUAGAAAAUAAAAAAAGACUAUCCCGACAGAGGUUUCUCAAAUAUGACGCGACUUGAAGAUGAGUCAUCUUGGUGCUGAUCUGAAUAGUGCUGUUGCACAAAAGCUUCAGGAAUGGAAGCAACAGGAAAUGAAGUAAAAAGGAAGGCUCCUAUCAUUCUGGACAAAGCUCCAAAGCUGGAGUACAGAAGGAACAAGCUGACCCUGAAGACAAAGCUGAUGAUCCUUAUACAGACAGGGAAUGUUGAAAUUGUCAGUGUAAAGGAAGUGAAAGAGCAUGUCCCAGUGAAGCAGGCCAUUACCUCUCCAAAACAAGACCAGCUGAAUCUCAAAUUAUGUGAACUUCAGGAUCAUGUCAAUGAGCUGUACAAGGGUUGUGGCAUGCUUACAUAUGAAGAAUGCAAAUCUUUGAAAAAGAAAGAAACAGAAAUUGAUGAUUUGAAGAAAGAAGACUAAACCGAAUCAGGAAAGACAAAGAAAGUUUCGAGAAAAUUACAAAAGGAAACUUGAAGAAUUGGAUGAAACAACAUGAAAAAAGCUGGAGGGCAAUCCAUCCUCAACCAAAGGAAGGCCACCAAAGAUUGCAGAUGAUAAUUUGUUACAUAAUGCCAUUGUAGAAAUAACACUUGGAGGCUUUGCAGCAGAUGAGAAAAGACGUUCUGAAGUAAUCAGAACUGUCAAGACUCUGGAUGACUUAACAGCUCCUUUACAUACAAAGGGUUUUCAAUUAUCACGCAGCUCAGUUUAUUUGCGACUACUGCCUAGAAAUUCCUCAACUCGAGAGGGAAAAUGAUAUGUGAAAACAGUUCCUAUUAAACUAAUCUGGGACAUCACACAUAACCACCCCUAGACACUUAAAUAUUUAGACUGAGAACUGAGUUUUCAGAAAU